GAUAAGGGGACGGAACCCAAACAGCCACGUAGUAAAAGGCGAAGCUCGCAAAAGUGCUUUCUGUCAUAAGUGCUCUUGGACAUUGACAUGCUCAUAGCUGGCCUGCCUCCCAAGAAGAUGGUUUUGUGAGACAUUCUUUCCAAGGCGUCACCAGCAGUAUUGCGUGUGUUUUUUGUCCUGCUGGAAAUGGAUACAGCCCACUCUGAAGCAACUGAAAUGAUGGCCAAUGCUUUUCAAGAACACCAAGUCAUUAACUCCAAAGAAACCGAAGCCAGUUUUGUGGAACACGACACACAGCUGCAUCAAGGGCUGGAAAAUACACACAAUAUGAAAGAUGUACAAAAUGGUCCUGUUAGCUCAGAUGUCUUGCCAAAUGGAGACGGACUGACAGAGGGCUUUGGUGCCGUAGGGGACACCCAUAUGAAUGGGUCUCUACCUCCAACAGACCCUCCCCAGAGCACCAGCUCUCCUGUCAACUUACAGACCCAAGAGCCCUCCCCAGGUGUGGCUGCUUUUCCACCCAUCAUGCUAGAGAAGUCUGAGGGGGCUAGUGCUGAGGUCACGGUUCACAAGGGUGAUGCAUUGCAGUCGCUCAGACUCAGUAUGCCUAUGCAGGAGACUGAAUUGUCCAACCAGAAGCCAUCAUUAGAGAUGGAAAAUGAGGAGAAGAUUCGGCUGGAGGCCCGCCGACGUCUGGAGGAGCAACUCAAACAGUACAGAGUGCAAAGACACAAAGAGAGAUCUCACCGCAGCACUCCCAAGAACAGACCAUUCAGCACUUUGGAUCCAGAGCUCAUGUUACAUCCUGAGGCUCUUCCCCGGGCCAGCACCGUUGCAAUGACCAAGGAGUAUUCCUUCCUGAGGACCAGUGUCCCUCGUGGUCCAAAACUAGGUAGCUUAGGAAUCCCUCCUUCCAAAGAGAGAAAAUCCAGGUCACCUCGUCCAAGCAAGAUCCACUCCUUGGCUGAUUACAAGUCUUCGGAGAAUGAUGGUGGAGAUGGGGGAGGAGGUGGUGUUAUAACAGCAGACAACACCAUGGGCUCCCUCCAGUCCAGCAUUAGCUCUGUGUCCACUCUGUCAGAGGUCAGUGUGAUGUCAGAGCGUAGCACCUGUGAGACAGAGGGACAGCUUGGUGCUUCAUCCCAGGUUGGGGACAAUGUCUCAGAAAUUGAUGGCAGCGAAUCAGGAACAAGGCCAGGAAAUGAUGGCAACGACAGUGACAGCUCAUCCUACAGCAGUGUGUCUACCAGAGGGACCUAUGGUAUGCUCGCUGCAGCAGUGGACAGGCAGCAGGGGCCUUACACAGUGGAGGGGAGGGAGAUUUCUGCCGAGGCCAUGGGUCAGUUUCCAUCUUUGCAGGAGGUUCUGCAGGCAGCAACUGAAGAGCAGCAUCUUCUGGAGCUGGAGCAAGAGAGAGAAGACACAGCAGAGCCUCGUAGCCGUAGAGACAGCUUCUCUAGCAGUGUUUCCGUGGAGAGUUCUGUGAUGGGCCAUGAUGACAUGCUCCAAGUAUUAAAAGAGAAAAUGAGACUUGAGGGGCAGCUGGAAACCUUGUCAUCUGAGGCCAAUCAGGCUCUCAAAGAAAAGACAGAGCUUCAGGCCCAGCUUGCUACAGUGAAUGCUCAACUGCAGGCCAAGAAGGAGGAGGCUCAGGUGAGCCAGGAGAAGCAGAGUACCCUCACUACAGAGGUUGGCACUCUGAGAAAGAACUGCAACCAGUUAGAGAAGGCCAUGGUGGAGCUCCAGGGAAAUUUGGAGAGCAAAAAUGCCAGUCUGGCUUCCUUAAGCAAUGACCUGAAGGUGGCUGAAGACCAGUAUAACAGGCUGAUGGGGAAGGUGGAAGAAAUGCAAAUGACUGUAACUUCAAGGGACAACACAGUUCAGGAAUUGCGUCAGCAGAUGGGAGGUCUUCAAAAUCAGCUUCAACAGGUCCAGCUGGAGCGUAGCACCCUACAGAGCAGACUGAAAACCUCCCAGGCUGAAAUAGACUCCCUGCAGCAGGUCAGGCAGUGGUACCAGCAACAGCUAGCACUGGCGCAAGAGGCAAGAGUACGACUGCAAGGUGAAAUGGCUAACAUGCAGGCAGGACAGAUGACUCAGAUUGGUGUUCUUGAGCAUUUAAAGCUGGAGAACGUAACACUGUCCCACCAGCUGACUGAGACACAGCACCGCUCCAUCAAAGAAAAGGAGCGCAUUGCUGUCCAGCUGCAGAGCAUUGAGGCUGACAUGCUGACCCAGGAAGCUGCUUACAAGCAGAUUCAGGAUGCAAAGACCAUGGUUGAAGAUGACCUGCAACACAAAUUGGAAGAAUUUGAAGAAGAACGAGAACGCUUGAUAAAAUUGGCCAACACGGCUAGCACACUGGAAAGGGAAUUAGAGCAGGUGAAACUGACUCUUUCCCAGAAGGACAUGCAACUGCAGUCACUCCAGAAGGAGCAUUUGGAGCUGAUGCGCCAGCUCACCACAACUCAGGAGCACCUGCACACCAAAGAACAGUCCAUCAACCAGCUAGAAGCACGAUACUUGGAACUGGAGGCUCAGCUGGCUGAACUGCAGACAGAGAGCAGUGCCAAGGAUGACAACAUCCAGUACCUCCAGAAUGAGAAGAUUGUUCUUGAGGUAGCACUGCAGGCAGCCCGUGCUGACAAGAGUCAGCUCGAUGAGGGUGCUGAACGGCUUGGAGAAGAUGUUUUGGUGGCGUCAGAUGUCCUGGAUCAGCUCAGACAGGAAGUCCAGGUCAAAGCCAAUCAGAUUGAAACCCUACAGCAGGAAAAUAGCUCCUUGAAGAAACAAGCUCAGAAACUGAAAGAGCAGUUCCAACAACAAAAGGUGAUGGUGGAGGCCUACCGCAGGGACGCCAGCUCCAAAGACCAGCUAAUCAGUGAGCUCAAAUCCACUAAAAAGCGUCUGUUAGCGGAGGUAAAGGACCUCAAGCAGGAGGUGCUGGGCGUUCAGGGGGAGAAGCAGAAGGCAGAGCUGGAGCAGGCCAGGCUACAGAAGGAGGUGGUGAGAGUCCAGGAGCAGAUGAGCAACAUGGAAGCCCAUCUGCUGGCCAUUCAGAAAGAACGGGAUCGACUUGAAAAUCAGAUUCAGUCUCUACAGUUUGAUCAGAGCCAGCUUGCUGCUGUGACAGAAGAGAAUGAGGCCUUGAAAAAACAGGUGGAGCAAAUGGAGGCUGAAGCCAAAAAGGCAAUUUCAGAGCAGAAAGUUCGCAUGAAGCGACUGGGGACAGAUUUGACCAGUGCACAGAAGGAAAUGAAGGCCAAACACAAGGCCUAUGAGAAUGCUGUGGGAAUCCUGAGCAGGAGGCUCCAAGAGGCCCUGACUGAGAAGGAGACAGCUGAGGCAGAGCUGGUCAAGCUCAAGGCCCAGGUGUCAGAUGGGGGAAACAGCCAGGCCUUACAGGAGAAGAUUGAGGCUCUGCAGGCUGAGUUGCAGACUGUGAACAACAGCAAGACUAUGUUAGAGAAAGAGCUGCAAGAAGUGAUCACCCUCACCUCCACAGAGCUGGAGGAGUAUCAGGAGAAGGUCCUGGAGCUGGAAGAUGAGCUACAAGAGUCAAGAUGCUUCAAGAAGCGCAUCCGAAAGUUGGAAGACGCCAACAAGAAGCUAGCUCUUGAGUUAGAACAUGAAAAAGGGAAACUGGCAGGAUUAGCACAGUCCCAUAGUGCACUACGGGAGCAUUCUAACAUUUUAGAAACUGCAUUAGCUAAAAGAGAAGCAGAUCUUGUCCAACUCAACUUGCAGGUUCAAGCUGUUUUGAAACGUAAAGAGGAGGAAGACCAGCAAAUGAAGCAGGUGGUGCAAACCCUACAGCUGGCCUUAGAAAAAGAGAAAACCAAAGUUAAGGAUCUGAAAGAACAGGUGGCAGCAGCAAAAGCUGAGGCAGCCCACAACAGACGGCACUACAGGGCAGCCAUGCUGGAGCUGUCAGAGAUUAAGAAGGAUCUGCAGGCCAAAGAGGACCUGGUCAAAGUUCUGCAGAGUGAAGCCCACAAAUUACAGGCUCAGGAUGAGCAGCAUGCUCAGGAGGUUUCCAGGUUCCAAGAAGAGCUGUCUGAGGCUCAUUCACAGCUCCAGAUCCUCCAGAAACAACUAGAUGAGGAACUGGCCAAGCAGCCCCUUACUAACCAAGAGGUUGAAGACCUCAAGUGGGAGGUGGAGCAGAGGCAGAGGGAAAUUGAGGCUCAGAAGCAGCAGUCGGAAAUGAUGGAGCAGUGCCAUCACAGAGAACUGGACAACCUACAGACUGCUCUACAGAACAUAAAGGUGGAGCUGGAGUCGGUACAGGAGGAGCUGAGCAGUACCAGGAAGGACAAGUUUAUGCUGCAGGCCAAAGUGGGUGAGCUGAGGAACAGCAUGAAGACUGUCCUACUGCAGAACCAGCAGCUUAAACAGGAUCUCAAACAGAGCCGCUUAAGGAAGCAGCGCAUGGAGUUGAAGACUGAGGGCAACCCAUCUAACCCUGUCACACCAGUAAAGAUCCCAGAUUGUCCAGUACCUGCUUCUUUACUGGAUGAGUUGUUGAAACCAUCAACCUCUGUCAACAAGGAGCCCCUCAACAACCUGCACAACUGUCUGAGGCAGCUCAAGGAGGAAAUGGACAGUCUCCAAAGGCAGAUGGAGGAACACACAGUAACUGUCCAUGAGUCAAUGAGCUCAUGGACAAACACAGAGGAGGGACUGGCUCAGCUGGGGCUUGAAAACAUUUCCAAAUCAUCAACACCACUCAACAACAUGAUGGUGGAAAAUAAUAAUGAUGCAGAACCGCAGCAAUCAUAACACAAAAACUUUUUUUCUCAGGCCAACAGAGGGAGAGUGGAGUUUUAUCCACAAAGGCACUUUUUAGCCCCUUUUUCCCUUGCUCUUCUCUUACUAAUUGCUGCCAACAUUUGGCAUUCUCCCAUCAGCACAAAAGUGCUUUCACAAAGUAAUACUUUAUAUACCAUAGCUUUAUUCUUUUCUCUUUAUUUGAUGGUUGUUUAUAUUUUUGUUAUCAUAUUGUCACAUUUAUUUAUUUAGAGUUAAGAAUUAUAACUUCUUAGUUGACAGCCUCUUCAAGAGAAUGCCCGAUGUCAAUACUGUGGAUGUUAAUAUAUGGCCUAGUUGUUUUUCUGUUAAGCUUAUAUUCCCCCUUUGAGUUUUGGUUACUAAAAAGGUAUUUACUCAUGAUAUCAAUUCAGAGGCAUUGAUGUUACUAAAUGAUAGUUGACAUUAUCAUGAGGAAAAAGUGUUUUUGGUGACUGAGUCUGCCGCCACACUGGCUGUGAACUGUUCUUCCAUUUCUUUGUGCCUGUGUACAAGAGAAGUCACUUUUCCAUGAAUUUACUGACAAGGUUACACAUCCAACUUGAUUUCUAAGCAGUUGGUUAUAAAACACUUCUUUUCAUGAAGUUAACAGUCAUGUACAAUUGCUUUUUGUUUUUUUAAGUUUGACUCUUAAACUCUAAGAAGCAACGGUAAUCUCAGUUAUAUAUGGAGGUUUUUGUCUAGCAUGGACUGCAGUAAUUCAUACGCAAAAAAGCCUUAAGCAAUCUUUGAUAUGACGUAAAGGACUAAGGUGGCGUAAAUGAGCAGAUUUCUGCUGAGGAUGUGUGUUAAGGUGUAAUAUGUUAAUUGUAUGUUGUGUGCGAUCUCACACUUGAGAAUGGUUUAUUGUGAUAUCCAUUGGUUGUCUCAACUGACAUUGCACACUAGAUGAUCUCAAAAUGACUGGGAGAAAAAGUUGUAAGAUGAAGCAGAGAAGUUACUACUUUUAAAAGCAGGUGCAAUCAUAUGUGUUUAUGUUCUAUUCUGUUCUCACAUUAUCAUUUAGUACAUACUGUAUUAACAAAAAAGGCUACUCCUGAAUCACACUGAAUUUGUUGUGUGGCUGUUUUAUGGGUAAGGGAAUAAAUUAAUAAUAAUUGUUUCCAGAGGUUAAUAUAUAAAUAUGCUUCCUUUUUUGUAUGAUUGUAUAUUCAUGACAUUAUUUAACAGUGUAAAGAAGAUAAAAUAUAAAAUACAAACAAUAAAUUGAAAAAGAUAGUAAUUCUGGAACAGUGGCAAUGAAAUUCAGUGCAGGAGGGUCAUUGGUACAGUAAGUUUCUGCAUGCAACUGUGCUGCAGACUGUGUUGGUGCUCAUUCCCAUAUGUAGUAAAAAAUAAAAAUAAAAAAAAAAAAUCUCCGAGUUGUAUGCAAGUGUAUUUUAAAAGGGAUAAUAUUUUGAGGAGACUGUCUAUGGAAGCUUAUAACAAAUAUAUUGAUAUACUGUGUUCUGAAAACCCUUUGGAAUCAAUCUUCCAAAGUACUUUCAUUGUAUUCUUUGGUACUAUGUAAUAACAUCUGCUGGGGCACCUGCGCUCUAUCCAUAAACCUUGCUGUAUCUGCUUUUCCCCCUGAGAUUGGAAUCCAGUCAUUCCGGUGUUUUAUCAUUUGUGUUUGGAGAUGUGAUUGUAUUUAUCAUAAAAUUGCACUAUUCAUCUGC